AUGGGAGAGACGGCAGGAACGCGUUUGCUGGAUCGACCAACCGACGCUGAACCACCGUCCGAUAAAGCUUCCAUCCUGACCUCCCUCGUCCCUUCUAAGCACUUACUGUCUCAUCUGAUUGAAAUAUUCUUCGACCUCGUUCACCCCCAAAUGCGAGUCCUUCACAAACCCUCCUUUCUUUUGUGGAUAGAAAGUGGCAAUUCCAAGUCGGACCCCGACUCCAUCCUCCUCAUCCUCACCAUCUCCGCGCUGGCCGCUAGAUUCUCUGAUAAACCCAAGGUAGAUCUCUUCGACCGUAUGCUUCUACACAGGUCAUCAUCGACCCAAAACAAUCAAAUUGACUCACGCUUCAAGUGCGGCAAACGCUGCCAGCGAGGAAAAGGGUUCCUGACCCAAGCCAACCGGCUUUUCCAUCGCGAAGCCUUGCGACUGGAAAACCUAGAGCUCGAUAUAGGAACCCCUCAGAAACCAACAAUCCGAUUUAUCCAAGCGACUGCCUUGUUGAGCUUCGCUGAGAUCGCAGAGACACUCAGUAGCCGCGCGUAUUCCCUCGUCUCGGCAGCCGUCCGAUUGGCCUACGACUAUGGCUUGGAUAAGAUUGAUUGUGACCACAUGCAGCCGAGUCUUGAGCCGAGCGAUCAUCGGACCGAAUGUGUCAAGAAGGAAGAGCUUCGUCGCGUCUGGUGGGCCAUCUCCGACAUGGAGAAUUUCAUUUGUGUAACCAAAUGCCGACCUCGUCUGAUCGAUUGGAGUCGAUGCAAGACAAGGCUUCCUUGCGAUGAUGCGGACUGGUUUGAGGAUCAUGAGGUGGCUUCGUCUUUCUUGCCUGUGACUGUCUACGACUUGCGCACGUCGCUAGACCUUCCAGCGCACAUUUCGGUCAUGGGGCAACGGAUCUUGGUUAUGCAUCUGUUCGCCAACUUAGCAUAUCUUGCGGCUAGCGGCGAUCAUUUAGAUGGCUGGCAUGAUUCUAUCUCGGCAAUUGAAGAAUGCAUCGCAACCUGGAAACCAAUUAUCGCCCAAAGGGUCGAAUCAGGACAGACUGUUGAACCUGGGGAGGGUACCUCAAAUGACGCUCUCAUUGCCUAUUUGGUCCUUCAGACGUGA